AUGAAGAUUUCACUCUUGCUCUCUGUGGCCGCGGCCACGGUCGCGCUAGCAGGGCCUAAUUGCCCUCCCCUGGGCCCAGUCUACGAGAAGCCGUACAACUUCAAGACGAGUUCCGCGAUACAGGCCGCCAUCGCCAACCUCACAGCCACAUUCACGGCCUGGGACCAAAACAACUCGACUGCCAUCCGCUCCAACACGACGAGCUACAGCAUUGAAGUGUUUAGUACGAACAAGGAGAACCCAACAAUCUUCAGCUGGCACCACACGGCGGCUUCCCUCGCAGCGGCCACCAACACAUCCGGGGUCAAAAAAGCCGGCCCUGACGCCGUAUAUCGCCUGGGCAGCCUCACCAAGGUCUUUACCGUUUACGCAUGGCUGGUGCAGGACGGUGAUGUGAAGUGGAACGAGCCGAUUACCAAGUACAUCCCGGAGCUGGCUGCCGCUGCGGAUAAGGCAAAGGAAGAUCCUGUGGCGAACGUACCAUGGGACGAGAGUGACGCGGUGGGUUUGGGAUUUCCACCCCUGGAGAACUCAGACCCCAUGCUCCCGAAAUGCGGAGAGUGGCCGCAGUGCAACAGGACUGAAUUCUUCGCUGGCUUGCUUCGAGCGUACCCGUCAUUCGCACCCUUUACCACCCCCGCAUACACCAACACCGGCUAUCAAAUCCUGGCUUACGCGCUCGAGGCCAUCAAGGGCAAGAGUUUCCAAUCGAUGGUGGAGGAGGGCGUGCUGCGUCCCCUCGGUCUCGACCAUACCUACUACCGAGACCCGCCGGUCGAGGAGGGCAUCAUUCCCGGCGCCCAGAACAGAUCCGGGUGGAAUUAUCAACUCGGGGAUGAAAAUCCCGCCGGAAACAUGUACUCCUCGAUAUCCGACAUCUCGACCCUCGGCCGCGCCAUUCUGCGCUCGACCCUGCUUCCGCCCGUGCUCACGCGGCGGUGGCUGCGGCCGGCGACCAUGUCCUCGGAGCUCGUGGCCGGGGUCGGCUACCCCUGGGGCGUGCGGCGGGUGGUGGUGCCCUACGCCAACGGCAAGCACGUGGUCGACGCCUUCAACAAGGCCGGCCAAAUCGGCUACUACUCGUCGCUGUUGGUGCUGUUGCCGGACUACGACGUGGGCUUUGCCGUGCUGCACGCCGGCGAGAACAUCCCGGGAAAUAGCAACUUCAACGUGGCCGACAUCCUGGGCGCGCAGCUGGUGCCCGCGCUGGAGGCGGCCGCCCGCGAGCAGGCCGAGGCCAAGUUCUCCGGGGAGUAUGUGGAUGAUACGCGGAAUACAUCGCUGCGGCUGUCGACCCAGACGGAUCGGCCCGGGUUGGGCGUCGAGAAUUGGGUGAGCAACGGGACGGAUAUGAAGACGGUUGCGGUGGUGAUGCAGGGCGGGUAUUCGCCGGUGCAGCCGAGCGUGAGGAUGUAUCCUACCGGGCUGGAGACGGUGAGGGAGGACGGGAGCAAGAGGGUCGCGUUCAAGGCCGUGUUUGAGGAUCUUAACCUGCCGGCGAGGACAAACAACAUGUUUUCGACCGACUGUGUUCGCCUUCAAAAAGGGCUUAUACUUGCUACCAUCCUCUACCGGCCGCAUCGGGUCAUGGUAGAUGGCCUCGGGGGACGAAUGAUCCUAACGAUUGACGAUGAUCCUUGCUGGGCCGGGCAACCGCCCCUGGCGGUAGUGCCAGACCCCUUGGCUGUCUGGUACCGGGUGCUCGAUGGGGGCGGGCGGCAGCGAAUUGGGUGCGCAGCACGCCGGGCCGCUCAGCAAUACGCCGAGAACGGCGACGGGGUGCAGCUAUGA